AUGGACAAGGUCGUGGCUGAGGAUACGGGAGAGGAUGAGGAAGAGGAGCUUAACUCUGAGCCUGCUGGUCGUUCUGGAUCUGUGGCUCUUUCUAAUUUUAUGGAACACCCUGGGUCUGUUAAUCUCUCUGGCUCUCUGGGUCAGCCGGUAAAUGAUCAGCAUAACGUCAGCUUUGCCCAAGACUUCCUCUUACUGAUGCACAUCCCGUUACUACAGAAGAGUCUAGAGCAGGGCAUCGAAAGGGCUCUUGUCCUGCACGAUGAUUCCACAGAGAGUGAGGGUAACGGUAACCGGAGCGGCUUCGCAAGGGUCAAGGCGCACCGUGCCCAUCAAGAGCCUGUUCCCGACCCUGAGCCCGCCCCAGGUUGGGCACCCGGUACUCGCAAGGUCAAUAAUGGUGCUCCUUGGAAAGGAGGAAGGUUCCUUUAA